AUGCACGCUCGCACCACCUCCACCGAAAUCACCAAGAAGUCCUUUGGCCAUCGCGCCCCCGCCCCUGGCGCGGACUCGAUCCGCUCGGGCAAGGGGGACGUCUACGGACGCACCGCGGUACCCGUCACCGUCAACCCGCGCGACCUGCAGGUGGCCGCCGUGAUGCAUCACGUCUCUCCCGAGUCCAUCGUCAUGGUGGCCUGGGCCCUGCUCCUCCGCUCUUACGCAGGGGAGGACGGCCCCGUCAACUUUGGCGCCUGCCUCGAUCGCGAGCAGGCCGCGUGGCUCUUCACCAUGCCGGUCUCGUCCGACGAGCAGCUGCUUAGUGCCAUGCGAAGCGCGGAGCAGGAGAAGCGCUUGAUGCUGGACUAUGGUCUCACCUUUCGGUCGCUUGGUUCCUUUGCCAAAGCAACCCUGGUGGUCUGCAUAGCCGAGGGGGCCCUGGUCCAGGUCCACCUCGACUACCGCCGGGACGUCCUCUCCACCGAGCGCGCCCAGAGUCUCGUGGACAAUUUCGGCCACGUGCUCGCCACCAUGACCAAGCGCAUGCAGUCGGUGAGCAAGCUCGAGGUGGACGCCCUGCUGGUCAAGGACAUUGAGACGGUCAGCAAGAACGACUACCGUCGCAUCGUCGAGUUCAGCGCUCGUUUGCCCCCACGGUUGGACAUGUGCGUGCACGAGAUGAUAUUUGCCCGCUGCAUGGACCCCCGCUUCGCCGGCCGCGUCGCCGUCGACUCGUGGGAUGGCACCCUGACGUACAGCGACGUCGCCAAGUACGCGCAGAAGCUCGCCACCAUCAUCGCCGAGGCCGCCAACAAGUACCGCCAGUCCCAGCCUGCGAGCGGCGCUACCGACACCGGGGGGACAACUUCUUCGUUCCCUUUGCCUGCCCAAGUCAAACCCAGCCAUCCCGCCGCCCGCAGGAACGAGCUCAUUUCCCAAACCAGCGCGGCCAUCGUCCUGACCACCACCACCCUCCUGCCCGACGUGGCCGGCAGCCUCGCUGCCGACACUCCCGUGCGCCACAUCCUGUGCGUCGACCAGGAGGAGGACUCCAACAUGCCCACCAACCCCGCCGCCCUCCCCGCCGUGCGUGCCGACGCGCUCUGCUACGUCAUCUUCACGAGCGGCAGCUCAGGCACCCCAAGGCACGGCCGCGCGUUCCACAUGGGCGAGAACACCCGCAUCCUACAGUUCGCCUCCCACGUCUUUGACGUGUCCGUCGCGGAGCUCAUCACCCCGCUUUUCCACGGCGCCUGCGUCGUCGUCCCCUCCGACGGCGACCGCACCGACCCGGAGAAGAUGGCAGCCUUCAUGCAGGCCAAGCAGGUCAACUGCGCCAUGUUCGUCGCCUCCUAUGCGCGUCUCAUCCGGCCCGAGGCCGUCCCUUCGCUGCGGACCCUCGUCCUCGGGGGCGAGUCCAUUGGCCAGGACAACCUCGACCGGUGGACCCCGACCCUGGAUAGGCUCAUCAUCGGCUACGGCACCGCCGAGACCUGCAUCAACUGCGCCAAGAACGAGUUCUCCGUGCAGACGGCGGCCAAGAAGCCCUGGCGCGAGAGCCUCGGCCACGCCGCUGGUGGCCGCAUGCUCAUCGCCGACCGCUCCGACAUCGACAAGCUCGUACCCGUCGGCGCCAUUGGCGAAAUCGUCGUGGAGGGACCCAUCCUCGCCGAGGGCUACCUCAACGACGAGGCCAAGACCGCCCGGGCCUAUGUCGAGAACCCGGCCUGGAUCCGCAAGACCCACUUUUGGCCCGCCAAGCCCCGCCGCCGGUUCUACCGCACCGGCGACCUCGGCUUCCAGGACAUGCACGGUGGCAUCACUUUUGUCGGGCGCGCCGACUUCCAGGUCAAGGUGCGUGGUCAGCGUCUCGAGCUUGGCGAGAUCCGGUCACACAUCGUCAACGCCCUGAGCGAGGCCCGCGACGUCCACGUCGACGUCGUCACCGUUGAAGGGGACAAGGCCCUCGCAGCCUUCCUUUCCCUCGGCCACGCGUCGCAGAGCCCUCGGGGGCUGGUGCAGGUGCACGCGCCCAAGGGCGCCGAGGCUGAGGCUCUCAGGGCCAUGGUCAACUCCAUCCGCGCUAGCCUCCCGCCGGCGGCUGUCCCUACCUUCUUCAUCCCCGUCACCGAGUUCCCCUACUUGGUCUCUGGCAAGGUCGAUCGCCGCGCCCUGUUGGGCUUUGCGGCGGAAGCCACGGCCGAGCAGUUGGCGGCCUGCAAUGCGGGUUUCAUGUCCGCUACCACCGUCGAUGUCGUCCUCCCCAGCAACGAGGUCGAGGAAAAGAUCGCCGCUAGCUGCAAGGAGAUCCUCAAGCUCCCUUCCUUGAGCAUGAGCGACAACUUCUUCGUUGCCGGCGGGGACUCCAUCUCCGCCAUUAAAGUCGUGGCGUCGGUCCGCGCUCGGGGUGUGGACAUUAGCGUGAACGACAUCUUCAAGACCUCGUCUCUUCGAGAGCUUGCCACGUUCGCGUCGGGCUCAAGUUGUCGACAUCUAUCCCUGCUCUCCCUGCAAGAGGCCCUGGUCGCUCUUUCGGCGGCGCGACCUGGUGCUUACGUCGCUCAGCACGUCCUCGACCUCUCGGCCUACGUCGACCUCGUCGUGUUUAGGCAAUCGUGGGACGUUGUUUUCCGCCGACACGAUAUCCUGCGGAGCCGUAUUAUCAAUACCCCGCAUGGUGUCGUCCAGGCAGUCUACGACUCCGAGAUUGAAUGGCUUGGCGGCACGAACCCGAGCGCCUAUUGCAAGGCCGACAAGGCUGCGCCUAUGGGCUUCGGCGACAGGUUGGUGCGGUUUGGGCUUGUCGGUCGCACGUUUAGAUACUACGCCGGCCAGGCUCUUCUCGAGAUGCAGCCAUACAACAUGUUUAUCAAGUUCCAGCACGACCUCAACACCGAGGGCCACAAGGGCUUCUGGAUGAACAGGCUCGAGUCCGACUCUGGCCUUGCAUCUUGCCACUUCCCCCAGAACCUCGCUUCGUCUUUCAUCCCUGUUCCAGAUUCAUCCCUCAGGACGAGAAUCUCGACGGCGAAAUAUGCCAAGUCCAGCUUCACAUUGCCAACCCGCAUUCGAGCUGCCUGGUCGCUUCUGGUGGGCCGCUACAUUGACUCCACCGAUGUCAUCUUUGGCGAGACGCUUUCCGGUCGCACCUUUAAUCUUGAAGGGAUAGAGGCCGUUUCCGGUCCUACUAUCUCGACCGUACCCGUUCGCGUCACCUGGGAUGAACAGACCUCUCUCGAGUCCAUCCUGAGCAGCAUCCAAAGCAGUGCCAUAGAGAUUUCCAAUGCCGGCAACAUUGGCCUGCAGACAAUUUCGCGCCUUAGCGCAUCGGCCCACGCCGCCUGCCAAUUCCAGCACAUCAUCCGCAUCGGGCUAGAGGACGCCGCUCUGGAUCUCCAGAACUUCCACAGCUACGCGUUGAACAUGGAUUUCACCAUUGACGAUGACGGCGAGAUUGAGCACCUUCACGCCCAGUUCGCGCAUGUACUGGAUAUGAUUGGCGGCGCGGGUGAUUUGUCCAAGGUCAAGGUUGCCGACAUCGACUACGCCUCUGCCAUGGAUGUUGAGCUCCAGGUUGAGACCAACGCGGCGCAAAAGGUUGACUACGAGCAGACUACCCUCGUACACGUUUUGGAGAAGAACGCCGUGGAGCAGCCCAACUCUCCCGCUGUCUACUCCUGGGAUGGUCAGAUGACGUACCACGAGCUGAACUUCGCCUCCACCGUUCUCGCCAACUAUCUCAGCUCCCGUGGCCUACGCAAGGGUGACUUUGUCCCCUACUAUUUUCCAAAGUCCAUGUGGACGACCGUUGCCAUUGUUGGUGCUCUCAAGCUUGGCGGAAUCAGCGUCGCGCUGGAGCCUUCUCACCCCGAUGCUAGCAUCGCAAAGGUGUUGGACAAGGUGCGCCCGGCGUUGGUUCUCUGCGCGUCGACCACCGACGCCGCUAGACUUCGGAGCCUGGGCCAAGAACCCAUGGUCAUCAACGAAGAGUCCGUCAUCGGCCUCAUCAAGGCGGCUGCCGGAUCGGUGCAGAGGAAGUACAUGGUGCAGCCCGCGGAUGACGCCUUUCACAACGGUGUAUGCAUCAUGGCGAAGCAGCACGGCGAGGCCAUGAACAUUGACAAGUCCUCGAGAAUACUCCAAUUCGCCGCCCACGUCUUUGACGUAAGCAUUGGUGAUCUCGCCAUCUCAAUCUACCAUGGCGCUUGUCUCUGCGUUCCGUCUGAUGACGACCGCAUGAACAAUCUUGCUCGUGCCAUCAACGCCCUCGGCGCCAACCGAGCCAUGACAUGGCUCUCUGUCGGCGGUGAGCAGUUGAGCCAGGUGUGCAAGGACAUCUGGGCGGGCGUUCCUCUUGUGAAUGUUUACGGCCCGGCCGAGGUUUCCAACCUUGGCACCGCCCUCGCCCCGACCGGAUGCAUUGGCGAGAUUGUCUUCGAGGGCCCCAACGUGGCCAGAGGAUAUCUCGGCAACGCCGAACUAACCAAGAAGGCCUUCCCCGACAUCGUCCCUUGGGGCGCCAAUGGAGGAGACUCUAGCAAGCAGCCCGUACGCAUGUAUAGGACUGGUGACCUUGCCCGUCUCAGUGUUGACGGGUCCAUCGACUUCAUGGGCAGGCGAGACACACAAAUCAAACUCCGCGGUCAAAGGAUCGAGGUAACGGCGGUCGAGAGUGCUCUGAGGGCUGCCAUCCAGGAGCCGGCCGAACUCGCCGUAGACAUCCUUCCCGCCUCCUCCACCAACCGCGAUGCCACCCUCGCGGCUUUCCUUUUCCUCCCUGAUAGGCUAACUCAGGCUACUUCUACUGACGUUGCUGGAAUUUUCAGCUCUCUUGACAUUUCAAGCUUCAGCGCUAACCUUCGUUCGCAGGUAUCCGGUUCUCUGCCCACCCACAUGAUUCCCACCCUCUUCAUCCCUCUUCAGCGCGUGCCCAAGCUGGUCUCUGGAAAGAUUGCCCGCAAGGCCCUGAGGCUCGCCGUCUCGGAGCUCACGCAUGAACAACUCAAUCGAUUCAAGGUCAACCAAGCCACGGAGAAGAGGGCGCCCACAAACGCUACCGAGGUGACGAUGCUUGAGAUCUGGACCUCUGUUCUGGGCCUUUCGUCCUCCGAGAUUGGCAUCGAUGACCACUUUGUUACUCUUGGCGGCGACUCCAUCAGUGCCAUCAAGCUCGUUGCUAAUGCGAGGUCGCGCGGCAUGGAGAUGCGAGUUGCCAACAUUUUCGAGAACCCUACCAUUGCUCGCUUGUGCGCUGCCUGUUUCAAGGCCGCCGACCCCGAGCCGGUGGUUGAGGUAGCUCCCAUGGGCCCGGUGAGCGCCAGCGUCGCUGCUAUGCCCCCGGCCGAACUUUCCGACAUUGCUACCCAGUGUGGCAUCGCUGUGGAACAGAUCGAGGAUAUCUACCCUUGCACAGCUCUUCAGGAGGGCAUGCUGAUGUUGACGGAAAAGAACCCCACCGCCUAUAUCGCUCACCAUGUCAUGGAGCUAUCGCCUCGCAUCGACGUUGCCAUGUUCCGACGAGCUUGGGAGAUAGUUGUGAGGGAGAACACUAUCCUUCGCACUCGCAUUGUCCCGUCCGGCAAGCAGAUCGUCUUCAGGCCUUCUACCUUGUCUUGGGCCGAGCCAUCGACCAAAGACCUCCAGGUCUAUGUCAAGGAAACCCAGACACAGCGGAUGGGCUUUGGAACUGCGCUCAACCGACAAGCCAUCCUUACUGGCCCCACGCGCUUUGUUUUCACAGCUCACCACUCCGUAUACGACGGUUGGUCCAUGGCACUGUUGGCGGACGCUAUUCACAAGGCAUAUGUGUCUGUGAGAAAGGGCGCUCAGUCUGGGUCCGCGGCCGCUCCCCAGCAGGUCACCUUCCGAGACUUUGUGGACUACACCUCGAGCCCGACGUCAUAUGAGGGAUUGGCUGACGCGAUGGUGGAAAAGUCCAUCUUCUUCCGUCGCAACGCCCGGUCUACCGCCACCUCAGCCACACUCAUCCGAACAGCGUGGGCACUCCUCAUCUCCGCCUACACUGGCUCCCAUACUGACGUCGUCUUCGGAUCGGCCGGUACAGGUCGCAGUGUGCCUGUGGAUGGCGUUUUUGGCCUCGUCGGGCCGACUCUGGCCACGGUUCCUUUCCGCAUCGUUCUCGACCAUGAACUGAAGAUUGACCAACUUCUCUCCAAAGUCCAACUCCAGGCCAUGUCCAUGCUUGAGUUUGAGCAGUACGGUCUUCAGAACAUCCGCAAAGCCGCUCCCUCCGCUCCCGCAGCCUGCAACUUCCAAAGUCUCCUAGUCAUCCACGCCGAAUCCGGCCCAACAAGCGACUCUUCUUCUCCAUUCGCCUGGAGCAACGAGAGAUUUGACUCCGACUUCCUCACCACCGCCCUCACUCUCGAAUGCCAGCCUGCCGGGUCUGAGAUGCGCCUCACAGCUUCCUACGACUCGUCUCUCAUGGACAAGACCCAGGUCCAUCGGAUCUUGUCUACCUUUGAGCACAUCCUUAACCAACUCUGCAUCAGCCGCCAGGGCGCUCGCGUCGGCGACAUCGACACCAUGAGCCCGGGUGACAAAGCUGAGCUCUCUACCAUCACGCGCGACCUUCCACCCAAGGUUAGCGAGUUGGUGCACGACAUGUUCACUCGCCAAGCUCGCGCGACCCCUCACGCAAUCGCGGUUUCGGCCUGGGAUGGGGAUCUCACUUAUCAGCAGCUCGACCAGCUUUCCACUAGGGUCUCAUACCACCUCAGCUCACUGGGCCUUCGACCUGACACAUUUGUGCCUUUCUGCUUCGAAAAGUCCAAGUGGGUACCGGUAUCUCUUCUCGGCAUUCUCAAAGCUGGUGGAGCUUGCGUUCCCCUAGACCCUGCUCAACCCCUCGACAGAUUGCAGAGCAUCAUCGAUACGCUCGAGGCCAAGAUCAUCCUCACCUCCGCUACUCACUCCCGCCUCCUCGAGAGCAUCCCGGGUGUGUCGCAAUUCGUGGAAGUCUCCCAGAACGCCAUGGAGCGUUUCCAUUCGCGUUCGACAAAGGCUCCCAAGCCCACUCCUGCCUCCGCCUGCUACGCAAUCUUCACAAGCGGCAGCACUGGCACACCCAAGGGCGUUGUGUGGGAACACGCCGCUCUAUGCUCUAGCAUGAGGGAACAUGGCGUGGCCUUCAAUUACUCCACCACCACACGCGUUCUCCAAUUUUCUUCGCACACAUUCGACGUGAGUGUGUCGGAGCUCCUCACCACUCUCAUGUACGGCGGCUGUAUGUGCAUCCCCGACGAUUUUACGCGCAUGAAUGGGAUCACGGGCUUCAUCAACGACAAGAAGGUCAACUGGGCCUUCUUCGCCCCAUCCUUCGCCCGCCUGCUCGACCCCGCCACAAUUCCUGGCCUCCAAACUAUCGUGCUUGGUGGCGAGGCUCCUGGAAAGGACAACAUCGAGCGCUGGUCCGGGCGACCGGGCCUUGAGCUCAUCGUCACGUAUGGUCCCGCCGAAAGCUGCAUCUACUGCGCCAAGAACAGUGUGCAGGGCCCCCAGAUCGAUGGAAGCAUCGGCCAUUCCAUUGGUGGCAUGAUGUGGGUAGCUGAUCUGGGUCGACCAGACCGUCUUGCCCCGAUUGGUGCCGUCGGUGAGAUCGUGGUUGAAGGAAGCAUCUUGGCCCGCGGGUACCUCAAGGAUCCUGAAAAGACCAAGAAUUCCUUCCGCCCCAUGCCCGCAGAUUGGGCAGCCGGACGCAGCCAGAGGAUCUACUAUACCGGUGACCUCGGCUGUGUGAACACGGACGGAACAAUCAGCUGCCUCGGGCGACGAGAUGAUCAGGUCAAGAUCCGUGGCCAACGAGUCGAACUCCCCGACAUCGAGUAUCACCUUCGAAAAGAUGAGGGUGUUCAUCAGGCCCUCGUCCUGUAUCCCCGCACCGGCCCCUGUGCGGAUCACCUCGUGGGUAUCCUGGCCAUGAAGAACAGCGCUGCUGUCGAAGGCUCCAAACCCGCUUCCUCCACCGACAUCAACCUUGCACCUUCCGCCGUCUGGACAUCCACCGCCGAGGUCCAGGACCGCCUUGCAGACAAGGUCCCAACCUACAUGGUUCCCUCGCUGUGGAUUGUUCUCGAGUCCAUUCCUUUGAUGCCUGCCUCCCAAAAGGUCAACAGGAAGCAGGUCACGGAGUGGGUGAAGCAAUUGGAUAGGUCAACCUACGACUGCAUCGCGAGCCUAUCAACCGGCCAGGUCACUGAGGUUUCCCAGGUCGUUAGUAACUCGCUAGAAGAGAAGGUUCGCUCUCUCUGGAGCACCGUUCUCAACGUCAGCAUGACCAUUAUCGGCUCGAAUUCUUCGUUCCUUCGACUUGGUGGCGAUUCUAUUUCCGCCAUGCAGAUUGUCUCUCGCUGCCGCGACAAUGGCAUCCAUGUCACGGUCCAAGACCUUCUCAAGUCCAGGACCUUGGCAGAUUUCUGCCAUCGCGCAAGUGCCUCAACUUCCCAGGCGGCAUCGAGCCCUCUCCUGGAUGACAAGGACACUGAAGAGCCUUUCGACCUUUCCCCGAUUCAAUCCUGGUUUAUGGCUCUCUGCCCUGAGGGAGAAAACCACUUCAACCAGAGCCAUCUGCUCCAACUCACCCGCAGCAUCAAGGUCCAGGACCUUACGAACGCACUUCUGAAAAUCAUUGAGCGCCACCCGAUGCUUCGUUCCAGGUUCAGCAAGACCAACGGCAAGUGGCAACAAUAUUGCAGCGCCGACGCCAAGGGGUCGCUUCAAUGCCGCAAGUUCUCUUCCGUCACCAUGAAGAAGGCUUCUUCCUACGGGUUUAACGCGCAGGCUAGCCUCGACAUUGUCAACGGGCCGCUUGUGGCCGCCGACUUGUACGAGAUGGUAGAUGGUUCCUCCGCUUUGUUUAUCACGUGCCACCAUCUUGCUGUCGAUCUUGUCUCUUGGAGGAUUAUUCUCCAGGAGCUCGAGGAGGUCCUCCUGCAAGGGCAGCUGGUGAGCAACCGUGCCCCGCUAUCUUUCCGAACAUGGACAAAACUUCUCGCCGAACAUUCCACCUCUCAUGGCAAGGAGACUACUGUCCAGUCUGAUAUCGACUUCUGGGGUAUCACUAGCAAGGAUAAUAUUGCGGCCAACGUUGUGGAACACAGUUUCACCUUGGACUCGGUUGCGACCCAGCUCCUUCUGAACCAGUGCAACGACGCUUUCAACACGGAACCGCUUGAUAUCCUACUUACCGCGGUUACGCGAUCGCUCAACACCGUUUUUGCUACUCUUCGAUCGCCCAUCGCCGUCUUCAAUGAGGGCCACGGACGAGAGCCCUGGCGAGCCGAUAUUGACCUGUCCUCUACCGUUGGCUGGUUCACUUCCAUGUGUCCGAUUCUCAUGGAAAAGGACGAAGUCACUGGCGACAUUCUCCGCUGCUUGGCUCACGUAAAGGACUCGCGCCGUCAGAUUCCCGGGAACGGCUUGCAAUUCUUUUCCUCAUUCGCCCAGAACACUGCCUCUCCCGUCGAGGUCACCUUCAACUACUUCGGUCUCUAUCAGCAGCUUGAGAAAGAAGACGCCCUCUUCAACUGGAUGAGCUGGUCGCCUGUGUCGCAGCCCCUAGACUCCGGCGCCGAUGUUCCUCGAUUCUCCGUCUUUGAUGUCUCUGCCGGCAUCGAAAAUGGUACUAUGACUGUCAACUUUGCUUACUGCGACAAGAUCAACCACAAGAAUCUCGUCAACCAGUGGAUUGAUUCUUGCCAGGAGCUGUCUCUUUCCCACGCCGAUCUUGAGCUUCUUCUCAACGUUGGCCUUCGCGACGCCGGCAUCACCGUUAACAACGUACAGAAUAUUUAUCCUUGCUCUCCCAUGCAAACCGCCCUACUCGUCAGCCAGGCGGUAGACCCCACCCUCUAUGCGGUGCGGUACGUUUGGGAAGUUAUUCCGAAAUCCGCCACCCAAACACCCUCGGUGGAGCGGAUGGCUGCGGCGUGGAAGCAAAUUGUUCAGCAGCACCCAAUGCUACGCACGUCGUUUAUCCAGGGAUAUGGCUCUUCCGGGGCCCAAAAGACUAUUUUUAACCAGGUAGUUCUCAAGGAGUUUACUCCUUCGAUUUCUAUCUGCACAGAUAGCGCGGCCUUCCCUGCCGGACAGCCUUCGGAUCAUAUCAGGAGUGGCCCUCCCCACCAUGUCACCCUUCAUCAAACACCUUCAGGAAAGUUGAUGGUCCAGCUUGACAUCAGCCAUACUCUCAUCGAUGGCACUUCUGUCAACCUCCUCUUGAGCAGCUUGAUUUCAGCCUAUGACAGCGCCUCACCCUCUUCGUUGAAGACGGAUUGCUAUGCCGAUUACAUUUCCUAUCUUCAAUCCCAGGAUCUGGAAGAGGCCCGUAGCUUCUGGACGACAUACUUGGGCGAAUGCGAGCCUUGCAUCUUCCCGUCCGUGCAUUCCGACCCCAGCGCUGCUGGCAAGUCUGCUUCUGAAAAGCUCGCCUACCUUGACUUCAAGUACCCGACCCCGACCGUCUUCACACCGCCUGCGCCGACGACUUCUUCCCCCGGCGCCAGCACCGCCACUGUCGACUUUGAGCCUGUUCACGUCCAAGACCCCAGCGAGUUCGACAUUGUCCUAAACAUUGGAGACGCUAGCACAUUUGUCGAUAUUAGCCUCACGUACAACACCCAGGUCAUCAACCAGCAGCAGGCAAACCGCCUGAGCGAAGCCUUUAACCAUGCGAUCGACCGAAUCCUCGACUCUCUCUCGCAGAGUACUGGAUCCAUCAGUCUCAUUACUCCUGCGGACUACCAGCAGGUAGUAAACUGGAACAGCAUGGCAGACGCGGAGCCCGUCGUUGCCAUCUGCGAUGAGUUGAUUGACCUAAACGUCCACACAAAGGCCAACUCCAUUGCGGUUUCCGGCUGGGACCUCUCUCUGACCUACGCAGAGCUCAGCAGAUACUCUGACGACCUCGCCCACUACCUAACAUCGAACUAUGCCCUCGCUCCCAACACGCUUAUUCCCUUCUGUUUUGAGAAGAGUGCUUGGACAAUUGUGGUCAUGCUCGGUAUCAUGAAGUCCGGAGCAGCUUUCGUCCCCCUUGACCCCGACCACCCCACUGAGCGCAAGGCACACAUCUCUAAAUCCGCCCUGGCCAUCGAUCUCGGCCUCGAGCAUCUUGAGGUUGGAUCCGAAUCUAUGCAAAGGAUGAAGAACACGUCUGGAUCUCGCCUAGGUCGCCAGCGCCGAGCCCGCGAUCCCAGCAAUCUCGCAUACUGCCUGUUCACCAGUGGCAGCACGGGCACGCCCAAGGGUGUUUUGAUCCACCACGAGGCGCUUUGCACCAGCACAACCAAGCAUGGUAAAGCAUUUGGCUACACCGAGUGCCGAUCUCUGCAGUUUGCCUCCUACGCCUUUGAUGCCUGUAUUGCGGAGAUCCUCACUACCCUUAUUCUGGGAGGAUGCGUGUGCGUCCCAUCGGAUGCCCAGAAGAUGGAUCCUGAGCAGCUCAUGCAGUUCAUCCAGGUUGAACAGGUUAAUCAUAUUUUCCUGACGCCUUCUUUCCUUACUCUUCUCGACCCAGCAAGGGUUCCCUCCCUACAGCGCUUGCUUGUCGGUGGGGAGGUCGUGCCUCAGCAGCUUCUGCAAAGAUGGAGGUCCGACACCCGCCGCGUCGAUGUCGUCUACGGUCCCACCGAGUGCUGCGUCUACUGCAGCGGCAUUGACUCGCGUGACCUUGUUCCCGGAAAGAACCUCAUUGGGAAGACGGUGGGUAGCGUCUCAUGGGUCACGGAUCCGAGCGAUCCCAACAACCUUGUGCCUAUUGGCGCCAUUGGCGAGCUCCUUAUCCAGGGCCCAAUCGUUUCCCAGGGCUAUCUCGACGACGAAGCAAAGACCGCCGCAUCAUUUGUCAAGCCUACUUGGGCAAGCAACAACGCCAUGGUGUACCGAACUGGCGAUCUUGUGAGGUACCAAGAAGACGGCUCCCUUGAAUACAUGGGUCGCCGCGACAAUCAAGUUAAGCUUCGUGGCCAGCGUCUGGAGCUCGGAGAUAUCGAGCAGCAAGUUACCAGGUGCCCCGAUGUUCAACAGUGCGCCGUAUUCCUGCCCAAGGAGGGGCUUUGUGUGAAGAAGCUUGUUGCUGUGAUUACGCUCAAGAACCUUGAGGCAUCGCAGACCGCCGCUACCUCCACCAUCCUUCCCACUGCCGGCGCCGCCAAGGGUCUUCGGAUUAUCGCUGGCGAGGAAGUGAUGGCCAAGGUAGUCUCUAUCUGCCAGGCUGUGGCAGAGAACCUUCCAUCCUACAUGGUUCCCUCGUCUUGGCUUGUCACGGAUGAGCUCCCUCUCAUGCCCUCUGGAAAGGCUGAUCGUCGCUUCAUCACCAGCUGUAUCCACGCGAUGAAUGACGAGACCUAUCAGCGAUCGACCGACAUUAGCACGUCUGGUGCUGCGAAUACCGCCACUCGAGAAAGUCUCACGCCUGUCGCCACCACCCUCCUAGCCAUCUGGAGUUCGGUUCUCAAUGUCCCUGAAUCGCGCAUCAACCCCAACUCGGGCUCAUUCAUCCGCGUCGGCGGCGACUCCAUCAGCGCCAUGGAGGUGGUCGCUCAAAGCCGCAGCAAGGGCAUCCCUCUCGCUAUCGAGAACCUCCUCAAGGCCACAUCAGUCGUUGCACUUGCCGCCGCUUUCGAUAGCGCCAUGCCGAUCGCCGGCUCCGGUGGCGCCUCGCCUUCGGAAAAUGACGACGACGGUUCCGAGGACAUCGUCCUCUUUGGACUAUCUCCUAUCCAGCGCAUGUUCGCCAAGCUGGCUCCCGGAGAGAACCAUUUCAACCAGAGCUUCCUCCUCAAGGUUUCGACUGACAAGAAGCGACUUGCUCUCGGAGAAAUUAGUGCAGCCCUCGAUGCCAUCGUUCGACGCCACGCAAUGCUCAGGGCCCGCUUCCAAAAGCUUGGCAGGACCUACAAGCAGUGGAUCGAACCUGAGGUGGCUGAUUCCUAUAUCUUCAACGCCUCUUCGGCCUCCGGUUUUGCGGACGCUACCUCUCGCAUUGAGGAGACGCAAAAGUCUCUCGAUCUGGUCGACGGGCCCGUAUUCGCUGGUGACCUCCUCGAGAUUGGCCAAGAGCAGUACAUUUUCCUCACCGCGCACCACAUGGUCAUUGAUCUCGUCUCCUGGAGAAUUGUAUUGAAGGAUCUCGAGGACUUCCUCGUACAGGGUUCGCUUUCAAGCUACCGCAGCCUUUCUUUCCAGAAAUGGUGCAAUGCCCUAACCUCCUACCGCAAGUCGCUGAAGGACGAACUCCUUCCUUUCAACCCUCCCGCAGCCGAUUACGACUUCUGGGGUAUGGCCGGCAAGCCCAACCUCGCGACCGACUUCGUGCACCGCAGCUUCACCAUGGAAAAGUCCGUGUCGCAGUCUCUUGUAGGCCCUUGCAACGUCGCUUUCGGAACUGAGGCAAUCGACCUUUUCAUCUCCGCUGUCAUGCACUCAUUCACCAAGGCAUUCCCUAGCCGCGAGAUCCCCGCGAUCUACAACGAGGGCCACGGCCGCGAGCCUUGGGAUGACUCCAUCGAUCUGUCUCGAACGGUAGGCUGGUUCACCACCAUUAGCCCCGUCUGGGUGAGCCAACAGCAGUGUGAUGGUGAUGUCGUCAGCUUUGUCAAGCGUGUGAAGGAUGUCCGAAGGAAGAUUCCCCAAAAGGGCUUCCCUUACUUCACUUCACUUGACUUUGAGCGUCGACCUUUCCAAGUCGAUGUGUCUUUCAAUUACUUCGGCUCCUUCCAGCAACUGGAGAAGCCUGGUGCUCUUCUCAACCAGGUUCAAUGGCGAAACAUCAACGUCGACCCUUGCGAAGUGAGCGAGGUCCAAAAGAAGUUCUCGCUCAUCGACAUCGCAGCCGAGAUUGAGAACGAGCAGCUCGUCUUCACCUUUAGCUACAACAGCAAGAUUAGCCGCUCCACCGAACUCGAGGCCUGGGUCGUCCACUGCCAGGCUUCGCUCGAGCAGGCGGCGCAGGCUCUCAGCUCCCGCGAGGCCGAGCGAACUGUUGGCGACUUCGAGCACCUUCCCGAAACCUACGACUUGGCCGCUCUCCGACCACUACCUUGA